GUUGAGCAGAAAACCAGAAGUUGGAUUUGUUCAUACAGCAGCCAGAGCCUGCCUAUCCACUGAGAAAUCUCUCUCUUUACCAACGUUUGCCUCCUCUGAGGUCUAUUUGGCGUGAAGCUCAGAUGGCCCCUCGAUAAACAUAUUUACUGCAGUUUUAAAGUUUACAUAAAGGAGCAAGUCUUCUAAAUUACAUCCUACACGACUUCUGUUCAGGAAUGACCAAUUGAUUGGCAGUCAUCCACCAGUCUCCUGAGUACAUUUAUGGCGUAAAUCUCAGAGAAAUGGAUUCCAUCACAGCAGAAAAUGUUUCCAGUGGUAUGACUACCUGGAAGCUUGGAACCAAUCAGUCUUUUUCACACAACACAUCAGAAAACAGCAGCAGCUCUACCUGCAUUAUAUUGGAUGCAUGGGAUUGGUUAUAUACAUUUCAGCCUGUGUUUCUCUGGGUCAUUUUUGUCUUGGGAGUGAUAGAGAAUGGCUUUGUCCUCAGUGUUUUGUGUUUCCACAAGAGUCGCUGCACGGUGGCUGAAAUUUACCUGGCAAACCUGGCAGUUUCCGACUUGAUGUUAGUUUGCGGUUUACCUUUCUGGGCCAUUAAUAUCAGUAAUCAGUUUAAGUGGCCUUUUGGCACUUUCCUUUGCAAGGUUGUCAAUGCAAUCAUCUACAUGAACUUUUAUUCUAGCAUUUAUUUUUUGAUGAUGGUGAGCAUCGAUCGCUACCUGGCCCUGGUGAAAACCAUGUCUCUUGGACGUAUGCGACGAGGUACAUGUGCCAAAUGGAAUAGCCUUAUCAUCUGGGUGUCUGCAUUGCUCAUAUGUUCUCCUGCUCUAGUGUUCAGGUCUGUCAGUUAUGUGGAAGAAAUCAAGGGCAGAGCCUGCAUUCUUCAUUAUCCAUCCACACACUGGACAAUUGCAACAAACAUUGUGCUGAAUACUGUGGGCUUUUUGAUCCCACUCUGUGUAAUUACCUAUUGUACUAUUCAAAUAAUCAAAGCCUUACGAGACAACAAAAUACAAAGACUCACAGAACUCCAAACUGAGAAGAGAGCCACCAUCUUGGUCCUUGCUGUCCUUUUGCUGUUUAUCAUUUGCUGGCUUCCUUUCCAGAUCACCACAUUCAUUGACAUAUUAAUUCAGGUCGGCAUCAUUUCUGACUGCAUUACUACAGAGGUCAGUGAAUUGGUGACCCAGGUAGCUACAUACUGUGCUUAUAGCAACAGCUGCCUUAAUCCAGUAUUGUAUGUCAUUGUAGGCAAGCAUUUCAGAAAGAAAUCCAAAGAACUCUACAAAGGCUGCCUGCCUAGGAUAUGCACCAAAUCAGAGUCCAUCCAGAUGGAGAAUUCUUUGGACACUCUUAGAACAUCCAUUUCGAUUGAAUGCCCAAAGAAAAGGUCUGCUUCUUCAUUAGCACGAUAGCACAGUUUUGCUUAUUGCAAAGUUACAAGAAAAUCUUUCAACAUAUCAGUGCGUAAACUGUCCUUAAUAUCCAUCUACUAUGGCACCCCAUUGUGUGCACUGGCUGCAUUCAUUAUGCAUGAAAGCUUGGGGAGCUGAUCUCAAUAAAAAACUCCGUGUAGGCACCUACUUCUACCACCUAAUGGACAACAUUUUUCAUGACUGAAUCACAUUUCAUGAUAUAUUUAUAUAUUCAUGGCUGAAGUUUAUUUGACACACUAUCAUUUUAAAUAUUCAUAUUGCUAACAAAGAUAAGUAUCUGACAUCAGAAUAUAGUUCUCUAAGUAAAGCCAUUUUAUAACAGCUACUGUCAGUAUUAUGAAGCUAACCACAGUACCAUACAUUUGAAAGAAUUCAUUUUUAAUAUAAGGAACAUUUUCAAAUGAGACUAUAGUGAAUGGAAGGUCUUAUAGGAUCAUUAUUUAAAUUGAUGUUCAGCGUCCACAUUAUUUUCCCCCUUUGGUCAAUAAGGUGUUCCAAAUGCUCCAAUCCAAAAAAUGCUGUUUACGUGAUUGCCAGGUUCUACCUUUUGGGGAUUGCUCUGACUUUGGUGGGGGUAGAAUGUAAUGUAACCCUACAUUCCCUAGAGUGGGACAAUUUCUAGUCUUUUAGAUCUGUGUAACCCCCGCUACAUUCAACAAGGGUUGCUGUUCAGGAGCAAAGACCUGUAUUUUCUACCUGUCUGUAAAGAAAAAUUCACAUCUGUGGUGCUGUACAAUACAUACACGAGAAUACAGAUUAGACAUACAUGGGGUAUACUCAUAAAAAAAAAGAAAAAACAGAAGUAUGAUGGAGACAACCGUACAAUAACUGCAUUUGAAAUCAGACUGAUGCUAGUGGAAGAUCUGCAUGAUUAAGGAAUGCAUGAGCACAUUCUUUAUCAUGAAAUAUAGGCUAAAUCAGCACUGUAGAGUUAACUUAGCUACAUGAGUUAACUCCUUGUGAGUAAGCCUAGCUCAAGUGAGAGCAGCCACACUGCAAAAGGAGUCUGGAACUGCACAGAGUGAUUGUGUUAGCAGCUGCUGAAUUGUGCUAACUUGGUCCCCUCCCGAUGGGCUAGCAAAAAGUACCAGACUUGAGUUAAGUGGUUUUGUGUGUGGACAGGUCUUGAGUUAACACUGGAGUUAUGAAGUGAGUUAACUCUGCAGUGAAGACAAGCUCCUUGUGUUCUGAAUAGCCAGUGGUCUAGCAAACUAGCAUUUUGCCUCUGGAAACCUGGUUCAAAACCUGAUUUGGGAUCUAAUCAAAAGCCCACUGAAUUCAAUGUCUUUUCAUUGACUUCAGUGGGCUGUGGAGUAGAUCCCUAAGGUCUCAAGUUAAAACUGAAAUAGACUUGGUCAGAAAACCAUCAGAAUGCUGACAAUCAUUGCCUAACAACCACGCAACUGGAAGUGUUGCUUAUGAAAGGCUGAAGAGGAAAAGCAGCCAUUUGGGAAAGUCCUAUUAAAUUUUAAAAGAAUUAAAUCAACAGGGUUCUAUAGAAAUGUAAAGAGUUCCCUAUAGAUUUCAUGCUAAAAACAGAGUAUUUAAUAAAAAAUGUCCUCCUUUCCAUAGGUUUGUUGAACCAUCCUACAUAAUUCUACAGCAGGGAUAUACUUUUCUGUUCCAUUCCACAUAUGGUCCAAAACACCUAUAGAAAAUAUAUAAUUUUUUCUGAAAUUCUGUAGAUUUUUCAUUAGCUUCUGAAAGUGUUAUUACACCCCUUACCCUCACAAACACACCGUUCACUCACAAACUUUAAAAUAGAAAUAGCAUUUUAAAGCCAUAGAAGCACAAGAGAACUUCCAGUAUUCAGUGCUGAGAAGCAAAAUACCAAAUGAUUUAGAAACUUCUGGACAAAUAACAUUAUUUUAAAGCACAGAAUCAUAGAAAUGUAGCGUUAGAUGUGACUGUGAGGGAUCACCUUGUCCAGCCCCCCUGCACUAAGGCAGGGCCAAGCAUACAUAAACCAUUCCUGUCAAGUGUUUUUCGCACCAGUUCUUAAAAACCUCCAAUAAUGGGAAUUCCACAACCUCCAUUGGAAGCCUAUUCCAGUGCUUAACUAUCAUUAUAGUUAGAAAGAUUUUCCUAAUGUCUACCCUAAAUCUCCUUUGCUGCAGAUUAAGCAGAUUACUUCUUGCCUACCUUCAGUGGACAUGGAGAACAAUUGAUCACAGUCCUCUUUAUAACAGCCUUUAUCACAUUUGAAGACUGCUGUCACAUCCCCCCUCAGUCUUCUUUUCUCAAGGCUAAAUAUGCCCGGGGUUUUUUUACCCUUUCCUUCCAUAUCAGCUUAUCUGAACUUUUUCAUUUUUGUUGCUCAUCUCUGGAUUCCCUACAAUUUGUCUACAUCUUUGUUAAGUGUGAACCCCAACACUUGCCACAAAACUCCAGCUGAGGUCUCAGCGGUGCCAAGUAAAGCUAGAAAAUGACUUUGUGUGUCUUACUUACAACAUUCUUGUUAAUAUGCUCCAGAAUGGUAUUAGCCUUUUUAGCAAUUGCAUCACAUUGUUGGCUCAUAUUUCUUUUGUGAACCCCCACCCCCGGACCCUUAACACCUGUACUACUGCCUAGCCAGUUAUUCCUCAUUUUGUAGUUGUGCAUUUAAUUUUACUUUCCUAAGUGAAAUACUUUGCACCUGU